GGCGGCCGCUUUGGUGAGGAGAUACCCACAGCCAAUAAAGAGUGACAAAGUCUGGAGACAGCAUGUCAGUCCCACCUCCAUUUGCAGCUCUUUAACUUUCUCCUUCCCAAAAGUCCAGGCUCCAUCUCCGAGCCCCUACUGCCACUCCCAGGAGUCCGACCUAUUGCGGCUCCGCUAGGGCCCGGCCUCCCGCCGCUUCCUGCGCCUCUUCCCAUCUCCUCUGCGCCUGCGCGACCGGAAAAUUCGCGAAGGUUCUUGAAACGGAACAAGUCAUUUCCGGAAGCCGGCAGCCGCUUCAGCCAUCAGACCGUGCUUGAGACAGGAGAGUGGUGAACGCAUCGUUUUGCGUUUCCCGGUGUCUGGGCCUUGCCUGUCUGCAACGGUGGGAAAAGAAAAUGGCCUUGCUGUGCUACAACCGGGGCUGCGGGCAGCGCUUCGAUCCCGAGACCAAUUCCGAUGAUGCUUGCACGUACCACCCAGGUGUUCCAGUCUUUCAUGAUGCAUUAAAGGGUUGGUCUUGCUGUAAGAGAAGAACAACUGAUUUUAGUGAUUUCUUAAGCAUUGUAGGCUGUACAAAAGGUAGACAUAACAGUGAGAAGCCACCUGAGGCAGUCAAACCUGAAGUCAAGACUUCUGAGAAGAAAGAACUAUCUGAAUUGAAACCUAAAUUUCAGGAGCACAUCAUUCAAGCCCCCAAACCAGUAGAAGCAAUAAAAAGGCCGAGCCCAGAUGAACCAAUGACAAAUUUGGAAUUAAAAAUAUCUGCCUCCCUAAAACAAGCACUUGAUAAACUUAAACUGUCAUCAGGGAAUGAAGAAGAUAAGAAAGAAGAAGAUAAUGAUGAAAUUAAGAUUGGGACUUCAUGUAAAAAUGGAGGGUGUUCAAAGACAUAUCAGGGUGUACACAGUCUAGAAGAAGUCUGUGUAUAUCAUUCUGGAGUACCUAUUUUCCAUGAGGGGAUGAAAUACUGGAGCUGUUGUAGAAGAAAAACUUCUGAUUUUAAUACAUUCUUAGCCCAAGAGGGUUGUACAACAGGGAAACACAUGUGGACUAAAAAGGAUGCUGGGAAAAAAGUUGUUCCAUGUAGGCAUGACUGGCAUCAGACCGGGGGUGAAGUCACCAUUUCAGUAUAUGCUAAAAAUUCACUUCCAGAACUUAGUCGAGUAGAAGCAAAUAGUACAUUGUUAAAUGUGCACAUUGUAUUUGAAAGAGAGAAGGAAUUUCAUCAAAAUGUGAAAUUAUGGGGUGUAAUUGAUGUAAAGCGAAGUUAUGUAACUAUGACUGCAACAAAGAUUGAGAUCACCAUGAGAAAAGCUGAACCUAUGCAAUGGGCAAGCCUUGAACUGCCUGCAACCAAAAAGCAGGAAAAACAAAAAGAUAUAGCAGAUUGAGUGAGAGGGGGGAAUGCUAUUACCUAUUUCAAAAUUCUUAAUGUAUGAUGAAAUGGUGGCUUGCUGCUGUAAUCUUGUUUUGUUCUUGUGUUGUUGCUAAAUCUGGCAUUUCAGGGUCAAGAUCAGGUUUUUAAAAACCAAAGUCAGUUUAUUUUUUUGUGCCUCCCGUCUUCCUUUUUACUUACAUAAGAUUGAUUAUUCAUGUCUCCUCACUGAUAGAACCGUAGUUUGUCUUGUACUUGAGGAAGCUGGAAAAUAGCUCAUAAACAUAAUUGCAGUAUUUCUUAGUAUAAUACUGUGUUAAGCAGAGAAAUAUUAAGGACCAUUUUUUUCAAAUCUCUGUUAGCCCAUAAUUAGUAAAAGCAAGGUGACAUGUCAAAUUUUUAAUCAGUUUUUUCAUGGAUUUGUGUUCCUAUAAUACUUGAAAACACCUAAGGAAGAGAUGAAGCUCUGCAUUGUUUUUUUCCAUGUGGCAUGAUUACUUUUUUUUAGGAGAAUUAAUUCUGUGGUAGUAUAUAGUAAGUAGUUAAAGGGGGAUAUAUGCAUUGGUUAACAAUUGAGAAUUUGUUUACAACUAAUUUAAUUUAAAAAUUACAUCAAAACUUGAAUUACUUGCCAAGCAUUAUGAUUUAAGAGUAUAGGAAAUAUAAAUACAAGUACUGGGGCAUCAAUUUGGUUAAAAUUCACCAUUUUAUAAGACUAAGCAAUAAUGUUAAAAAUCUUUUCUGAUUAUUUAAGUGUCUGUGUAUGGUGUAUGACUAAAUUGUACCUGAUUUACAGAUUAAACCCUCUAAAAACUUUUAGAUCCAUAUAAAAAGAAAUUAUAUAUAUCUCAGCUCCCUGAUGGAAAGCUGUAUCUGUAAAAUUAUAGACUUAAAGGUUUGUGGAAAUACAUUAAGGGAUGAGAAAACUAAAUAUACAAACUUACUUUACGACAGCUGUCUACUAUAUGUUAAAUAAAACAGCUUAAUUCUUUUGGAAUUUUUUUUUUCUUUAAGGUUUUCAUGAAGAGCUUCACAAUUAUAGUGAUACAACGUUGAUUAUAUAUUGUAUUUUAUUUAUUAAAUAUAGGUAACAUGGAAUUAGAUUGUUUAUGCUAAUUGGACUGAUUAAAGGAUAAGUUACUUUUUGAGACAGUGCAGAAAUCAAAAAAAUUAAGAAAUGUUAUCAAGGCCAGACUCUGACAGAACUUAAUAAAUUUGGGAAUUAAUUAGGCUUAUAUAAAUUAAAAAUGAAAAGGGUGGUUUAUUUCUCAAACCCGUUGAGUGUUUUCCUUUUCUUGGUAUUAAUGGAAUUCUCGUAAAGAAAAAUUUGCAGACGUGCUAGUUAAUAAAGUGUAUAUAUCCUUCUACUACCCUUAGCAAAUGACAAUUAGAUGUAGUUAUAUAAUUAUUAAAAAAAUUAAGCUCUGUUACAAAUAAAGACAAAAUCUGGCAA